CGUAAAAGGACCUUCAUUCAUUCAUUUGUUACAUUCAUUAGCUUUGCCAUCUACUCUCCACUUGUACACAACUCCGCUCUCUCUUACUUUUCCUUCAUUCUGUUAUAAAAGGACACGCAUCGCUUGCUUAUUUCUUUAACCCUUACAUUCUUUCAGUUCAUUCGUCUCUUCACUGUUGCAUUAUUGCCCUACAUUCAUUUCAAUUCCAUUCAUUUCUCUUAUGACAUCCUCUCUCAAAACACAAUUCCUUCAAAGUACCGAAUCACAUGGCUACGGCUAUAACGGUGCAAUCGACACCAUUCGUAAAGAACAGUACCCACAACUCAAAGAUGCUAUUUACUUGGACCAUGCAGGAGCCACAUUACCUGCUCAUCACCUUCUUCAAAAAUUCACUGCAGAUCUCACUUCCAACUUGUAUGCCAAUCCACACUCUAAAUCUCCUUCCUCACAAGCAUCCUCAACAAGAGUCGAAUCAGCUCGCCAAAAGAUUCUUGAGCACUUCAAGGCCUCGAUCCAUGGCGAGUGGGAUGUCAUAUUCACGGCCAAUGCAUCAGCCGGUAUUAAAUUAGUUGGAGAGGCCUUUCCCUGGACUCGACGGCAAUCAUCCACAGCUACAUCAGCCAAUGCAUCACCCUCAAAACUGACCAUCCUUCGAGAGGCCCAUACUAGUCUUGUUGGUCUGCGUGGACUGGCGGAUGACGAAGGAGGUUCUAUUGAUAUUGAAACAGUAACGGAAGAUCAAUUAGAAGAAAGACUUUUUUCAGUAUCAUCGAUCAAGAGCCAUGGUCAAAGCAAUGACUCUACAGAAUCGCAUCAUCCUUCACCCCCUCCUUCACCUGGUAUCUCAGCUUCUACUUCAAACACCUCAUCUGAUGGCAACGCCGAAGUGAAAAAUGCUGAACCAACGUACAAUUUGUUCACAUACCCAGCUCAAUGCAACUUUGGUGGACGUCGUUUCCCACUCUCAUGGACCCGUCGGAUCAAAGACUGUUUUGAUACCCGAACAAUCAAGAACUUGGUUCUUCUCGAUGCUGCCUCGUAUGUCAUGACUUCUGAACUUGACCUCAGUGACUAUAGUGCAAGCCCAGAUUUUGUUGUUGUCUCUUUUUACAAGAUGUUUGGGUUUCCUACAGGACUUGGUGCUGUUAUUGUUAAGACUGAGCUUGCGCCCAAGUUGCGGAAGAGGUACUUUGGUGGGGGUACCGUCUCAGCUAUUGCGUCCGACGAACCAUGGCAGGUCUAUCGAUCAUCAUUGCACGGACGCUUUGAGGAUGGAACGUUAAACUUUUUGGAUAUUGUUGCACUGGAUCUAGCCUUCGAGAGUAUAAAAGAAAUUUACGGGAGCUACUCCAACAUUUCUCCUCAUGUUACUGCCCUUCAUCAGUUCUUGUAUAAAUCUAUGAAGGCCUUGAAGCAUUACAACGGUGCACCACUUUGUGAUAUUUACAUCGAGGGCGAAAAACAGAGCGAAACCCCAGAAAAGCAACUAGUGGGAAAUCCAGAGAUGUACGGCCCCAUCAUCAACUUCAACUUGAAGAGAAGUAAUGGCAACUGGGUCGGAUAUGGCGAUGUUGAACGGCUGGCUAGUAUGAAGAACAUUCAUGUGCGAACAGGAGGCUUUUGUAACCCAGGAUCAAUGCAACGCUGGCUAGACUUGUCUGCAGACGAGGUCAAAAAGAAUUUGGAGGCUGGCCAUGUUUGUUGGGAUGAUACUGAUAUUCUGAAUGGUAAACCUACGGGCUCAAUUCGCGUCUCUCUAGGAGCCAUGUCUACUAUUGACGACGUUCUUGGGUUCAUUGCAUUCCUCGAAGAAUACUUCAUCGAUACGACGAAUCCCGAUACUAUUGUACAAAGCGAGGACCUUAUUGAUGAACAAUCUGAGAUUGACCGCGAUACGACCUCUUCUGAACCUAUCCAAGUCGACUCCGUGAUCAUUUAUCCUAUCAAAUCCUGUCGUGGCUACAAGCUACCGCGUAGCCAGCCUUGGCCCAUCGCUCCACACGGUCUAUUGUAUGAUCGUGAAUGGAUGUUAGUGGAUGAGGUCACAGGAGCAGCCAUGACCCAGAAACGGUACCCACGCAUGUGUAUGAUCCGAGCAGAGAUUCUAUUGGAACAGAACCUCAUGAUUGUAGAGCACGAUCAAGAUGGAUCCCAAUUGAGUAGUGAUAUCUUUAACAACAAGAGCACCAAACUCUACAUCUCGUUGAAUGAGAUGCCUAUGGAGGCUACUAAAAGUUCAAAAGUCUGUGGUGAUUGUACAUCAGUCGUCCACUAUACUGCACCUGAGAUCAAUGAGUGGUUCACCCAAUUCUUGGGCAAGCCCUGUCGCCUGGCACGGCAGCCUGUUGCUUCCCAAAAUCCCAUGCAUACUACACCCUCAUCCAAUGACAGUUCUUCGACUUCAUCGCUGCAGCAAUCCUCACGUUUCGUCAAGUCACAUUUGAAUGCGCCUGCAGGGGCACCUAUUCUGUUAUCAAACGAAAGUCCCUUCCUCUUGAUCGCUGAUAAAUCCGUAGAACGUGUCCGAGACUGGGUGGAUGAGCACGAUCAAGGUCAAGGAGGCGUACGUCGAUUGGCUAAUUUGUCUGAAGAUCUAGAUAAGAAACUUCGACAUGAACUAACCUCAGAUAGUUUCAGAGCAAAUUUUGUGACCAAGGGUCAGAAAGUUGGCUUUGAGGAGGAUCAUUGGGCAAGAAUCCAGAUUGGACAGCAGGUCUUUGAUAUCUUGGGUCCUUGUCGUCGCUGCCAUAUGGUGACGAUUGACCAAAAGACUGCAGUUAAAAAUUCAGAUGUUUUCUUGGCACUUUCCAAGCACCGCAAGAGUCCAGGAGGUCAAAUCUUCUUUGGUAUGCACAUGCUUCAUCGCCCAGACUUAUCUGUUGCGCCAUAUGUGGUAAAAGUUGGAGAUAUGAUCCGUACGCGUCGAGAGGUGGCAAAUUAA